AUGUCUUCCCAGCAGGUUCCUCAACUUAACGUUGAUCGCUAUGUCGUGAUCCAUGUUGCAACCACCUGUGAUGAGCAUGGUGUCUACGUGACCAAGGACUCCGCUGAAGUCAUUGAGCUUGGAUGGAUUCUUCUUGAUGCCAACUCGCUCGAGGAGAUUACACACGAAAGUGUUCUUGUCAAACCUGUCAAUACCCCAAUCACCCCUCUUUGCACGAGUCUCACUACUCUCACUUGGGAACAUGUUCGAAACGCGGGUACCUUUAGAGACGCUAUCUCUCGAUUCGAUACGUUUGCGACAGAUUACUUGACUUCCAAGAACCUCGAUUUUGUUUUUGUCACCCUGGAUGCCUGGGAUCUUCGUGUCCAACUUCCCCGAGAGGCCCGCGACAAGGCUGUUGUUCUACCCCCCUAUCUACAGCACUCGCGGACAUUCGACCUCCGAACGGAAUAUCAGCGAUGGCAGCAACAUCACCCAGAGUCCCUGCCCUUUGGUCCCUCAAUGCUGUCCAAUAUCUGCGCUGCUCUCGAGGUUGACCCUGUCCAAUCCAGUGCCCCGAUCAAGCAUAAUCUUCCAUUCCACUUGCAAGCCCUGGCUCCUGCUUCUCCCCGACGUGCCAUGGAAGAGGCCAUCACACUGGCCCGCGUUCUCCGUGGCUUGAUCCGCAAGUCACAGCCUCCCCAAGAUCAUCCGGAUGUCUUGACCAGACCCAUGGAUGCUAGAGCCGAUGUUCGCGCUUUCCUUUCUGAGAGAAGCAAGGUCCUUCAUAUGUCCGGCCUUCCGCACGACACCACGCAGUCGGAACUUGAGAGCUGGUUCACUCAGUUUGGUGGUCGACCCAUCGCAUUUUGGACUCUGCGUACUCCUGAACAGCACAAGCCCACCGGAACUGGCUUUGCCGUCUUCUCUUCUCAUGAAGAAGCGGCUGAGAGCCUUUGUAUGAACGGCCGUGCCUUGAACGAAAAAGCUAUCGAGGUUUCUCCCUCCUCCAGUCGUGUGCUUGACCGCGCCCAAGAUAUUCUCACUCCGUUCCCCCCUAGCAAGAACCGUCCCCGGCCUGGCGAUUGGACCUGCCCUUCUUGCGGUUUCUCAAACUUUCAGCGCCGAACUGCUUGUUUCCGAUGCUCAUUCCCUGCCGCUGGCAGUGGUCCGGGUGGUGCCGAUGCAGCUGGCGGAUAUGGAUAUGGCGGUGGUUACGGUCCUCCUGCAAUGAUGCCACCUCCACCUCACGGUGGCCACCAUGGUCCCAUGGGCCACGGUGGCCGUAUGGGCGGUGGCGGUGUCGUUCCUUUCCGUGCUGGCGACUGGAAGUGCGGUAACGAAGCCUGUGGUUAUCACAACUUCGCCAAAAAUGUUUGCUGUCUCCGCUGUGGUGCCAGUCGAGCUGGCGCGGCCGUUGUUGCAGAUUCCGGCUAUCCUUCCCCGAUGGACAACCCUUCUCAGUAUAGCAUGGCUCAAGGAUCCAUGGCUGGCACGCCUGGGCCUGGCACCUUUCACUCGGGUAACUCUUUUGGUUCUGGCGCUGGCUAUAAUCAACAUUUUGGAGGUCCUCCAAGCCACUUCCUCCCCGCUGGGAUUGGCGGUGGUGCCGGUGGUUAUCCCAGCUCCAUGAACAAUCAAAGUUUUGCUUCGACUCCUGGGUCUCACUCUGCUGGCCCCUUCGAUAGUCGAGCUGCUGAGGCGGCCUUCCAGUCUGCUUCCAACGGCCCCGCGUCAGCCGGUUCUGGACCUUCCAAUCAUUUCUACAACAAUAAUAACGGAGAAAACGACCCCUUCGCAUUCCUUAGUACUGGAAUUGGCGGGCUUUCUGUUAGUGGCAAUGAUGCUCGGCAGAAUGGUGGUAGUGCUCCUCCAAGCAAGUCGCCUGCUUAA